AAGCCGUGCUCGCGCGAUUUCGGCACAGUGAUUUAUUCAUACUUUUAACGUGAUAGCAUCGUCGAGAGUGGAUCUCUAGUGAUUUUGGAAAAAUACUUCGAAAAUUAGUUGUUUUUUGAACGUUCGUGUCUAUUAAUAUUGUGAGAAAAUAAUUUCUUAUUAUUGUGAUUGAGGAAAAUUUGUAUUUGUCGACAAGUUAAGCCAGUAAUAAAAGAAAAAUGGCUCCAAAUAUUGUUAACGGUACCCUUAUGCCCGUUAUAAUAAACGAGGCCAGCCAAUCUCCAAUUGUGUCUAUUCCACCAAUCAAGCAAUCAAAUCCAAAAGUUAUCAAGAGUCAACCAAUUGAAGAGAAAGAAGAAAAAAAACCGUCAUUUAUUUUUCGAAAAGACAUCAAAUGGGCAAACGUUGUUAUGAUUACAAUUUUGCACAUUUUAGGAAUUUAUGGCUUCGUAGUUUACUUCCCAUAUGUUCAAAAUCUGAGAUUAUUCCUAUGGACAUUCAUGUUAGGAAUGAUGGCUGCAUUCGGCGUAACAGGUGGUGUUCAUCGCUAUUGGACACACAAAGCUUACAAAGCCAAGACACCAUUAAAAAUCAUCCUGGCAAUUUGUUAUUUGACCGCCGGACAGAAUUCAAUUGUUCAAUGGGUGAAAGAUCAUAGAGUACAUCACAAGUAUUCCGAGACUGACGCGGACCCGCAUAACAGCAACCGCGGUUUUUUUUUCGCUCACGUUGGUUGGUUGAUGCUUAAAAAACAUCCAGACGUGAUUAGAAAGGGACGUCAACUCGAUGUGAGUGAUAUCUAUAAUGAGCCUGUCGCCGCUUUUUUCGAGCGUCAUUUCAUGCUGUAUAAAGUGCUCGUCUGCUUCGUCAUACCCAUUCUCGUGCCUGUCUUUUGCUGGAACGAAGAUUGGGUUAUUACCAUACUGUUCCAACUGAGCAGAUACAUGUACGUGCUCAAUGCCACCUGGUGUGUCAACAGCUUCGCUCACUUUUUCGGCAACAAACCUUAUGACAGGCACAUCUCACCCGUCGAGAGUAACUUUGUGGCUUACGUGUCCCUGGGUGAAGGCUGGCAUAAUUAUCAUCAUGUCUUCCCGUCGGACUAUCGUGCAGCUGAAAUCGGCGGUGGACGUUUUAAUCUCACCACCAAAUUGAUCGACUUUUUCGCUCGUAUCGGUUGGGCUUACGAUCUUAAAGAACCAUCGGAUUCGCUUGUCAAAAUGACCAUUGCUAAUCGUGGCGAUGGUAGCCACGAACAUGCCGCUGAAAUUGCUCGCAAAGCAACUAUCGAGCCAACAAAUUUCGACAACACGAAAAAUGGUUUUAGCGACACUCAUACUAAAACGUCGUAAAUUAGUUAAUUUUUUAUUCGAUUGUAGAUAGAGUUUUUUUUUUCGUUUUCCGAUCUCAUUAUGCACAUCUUGCGAGUUUUAUGAUUUCGUCUAUAACAUUCUCAAAUAUGUAAGGUGCGUUACGUACUAUUUUCGUUAUUGGUUCUUAUUAAAUGCGGAUGCGUGAUCGAGGGAAUCAGACUUUUUCUUCUAUAUUGAUUUGGUUGUAUAAUGUGUUUUAGUUGAAUUGAUGUAUAUUGUUAUUAUAGUUGUUAGCUUGAUUGACUGAUAGAUUAUUUAAGUUAUUUGAAUGUGCAUCUGCGAAUGAAAUAAAAUUAUGUACAUAUUUUACGGCUUGUUAUGAAUUUAAAAAUAUAAGAUCAAGUUUUUUAACAUAAA